ACUUAACCUGUUUGUCUGAUCCACAACAUUAUUAAUGAUUUUGAAGCUAAGGAUAUGAAAUAAUAAUUAGCUAUGUGUGAUCAAUUUACUUACUGUCCAAUUUGCCAAUUGCCAUUAAAAGCUAUCAACAUCCAGCCUGAUGUGCAUGUCUCAAUGUGUAUGUCAAGAAGUGAUAGUGGUGAACUUGAAGAAUGUCCUCAGGGAGUCCACUGUUUGAGCACUGAUAUUUUCCACUACCGAGAUUACAGACACAAUUUGUUGGCUGAAUAUCGUUCUUCAUCCGAUUUUGUACCUCCAAAUAUUGAAAUAAAACCCUCUCCCAAGAAACGUAAAUCUCCCCCCAAACAACCUAAGAGAUCUUCACCCAGGAAGAAGAAAAAAUCAACUCCAAAAAAAUCAAAUAGCAAUAAAACUGUUGUUGCAAGCGAUGAAGAAUCAGAUUCUGAGCUUAUGGUCCAAGUUAAAAAACCACGUAGGAAUCUAAAAUUUAAUGAGAAACCAAUAAAAGAGUCUUGUUCUAAUAAAAAUAACUCUAGCUCAGGGGUUGUGUCCUUAGAGAAAAAAUUGGACAACAUUACAAACCAAUCGAAUACUGACUCACCGCUGGAAGAGGAGACAACAAUAUUGAAAGAAAACUGUGAUAGUGAUCCCAAGGGCGAUUCUCAGAGAAAAAAGAACACUAAACUUAGUGAGCCAUCAACAAUUAAACCAACAGUAGUAAAUGUUAGUUUAAAUGCUAGUGAUGAGUUAAGAUUUACAAAGUCAAGAUCAAUUGCUUCACUUUCUAGUCUUAGUGUUACAACUUCUGGACCAAGCAAUGCUGAUUCGGAGUUUGAAACAGCGUCUGAAAGCAGCAAUGAACAGUCUUCUGGGGAAAAAAUUAAAGUAGUGUUAAGAAAACCUGUUUUGACACUUGAUAAUGUAAAAAUACAUGAAGAAAAUUUAAAUUCCCAGCCUACUACAGAGUGUAAUGCAGUACAAAACGGUAAUUUGGAAAAAGACUCUUCUAUGAUUUUUAAUUCAGGAAGUUCUAAGACAAAUGGUGAAAAGACAAAUUCAUGUCCUAAGGAUGUUCAUGAUAAAGUACAACAUAGUAAUUUAGUUCUUAAACAACCUCUUUUGACCCUUGAAAGAUUGAAAGUCCAUGACGAGAUAUUAUCACAAUCAAAACCCUUUUCUACUACUAAAAACAAUAAACCUGUAAAAGAUGGUAUUGAAAGUGAGGCGAAUGGGUCACUCUACAAUACAGAUUUUGAUGACAUCAUACCUGGAUCUAUGCUUGAUAAAGAGCUACUAAAAACAAUAGAGACAAAAUUAGACUCACCUGCAACAACGGUGCACAGCUGUAGUGAAUAUUCAGGUAACGAAACUAACUCCACAGUCUCAUCAAUUGAUCAAGAAAAAACUGACGGAGAGAGUGACAGCGAAAGGUUCCUACUUCCUCCCACUUCACGAAGAAGGGUUGUUACUCGGAGGAAGUCAUCAAACUUCUUGAGCUCAAGUUCUGACUCUGAUAUUCCAUUGUCUAAACUGGUAUCGAAAAAACCAGAGACAGCUUUGAGUAAAAUGACUAGUGUUAAAGGCAAAGUAAAAGCCGGUAAGGUACUACGCAUUUCCAGCAAAUCACCAGCGUAUUUGAAUGGUAAAUCUUUGUUAAACAACAAUUUAAUGGACACUGCAAUUACGGAAGCUUCUGAUAAUGAGUCAGACUCGGGAAAAUCAUCUGCUCACACAGAUAUUUCAUUUGUACCCAGUGAAAAAACUAAUUCUUCUAUGCGUUCUGACUCUGCUCUCUCCGCACAAUCCACUGAUCAGCUGACGGCUUCCUCCAAAUCAUCAACCUACUCUUCUAGCGAGUCUUAUUCAGAGUCUAGAUCUUCAGACCCGUCUUAUUCGGAAGAAUCGGAUUUAAAUUCCAUAUCCAAAUCUAGAAGAACCAAAGUAUCUCCGAGAAAAGACAAAAAAUCUCCCAGUAAAAAACAUGUUGUAAAAUCAUUGUCGUCUUUGAGUGAAGAAAGUACUUGUCUCAGUAGUAGUUCGAGUAGUAGUGAAAUUUCAGUGAGGGAAAAAUUACUGUUUAGAAGUAAAAAAAUAUCCCCCAAGAAAUCUUCGCCUAAGCUAAUAAAAAGUCCAGUGAAAACCAAAACGGCAUUUAAAGCUUCUACGUUGGGUUUGCUUGAUACCACCGACAGUGAUGACAAAUCCGAGUGGCAGUCGUUGCUGAGCAAGAUGCGGAAUAGCUGUUACCCGUCGGACCUGAAAAUCGACAGUGAAGACAGUUUGACUGUGGUUAGCUCGUGUUCGGGAUCUGACACUUCACACACGUCCAGUAUGUUACCAUUCCGCAAUUGCCCCUUCUACAAGAAGAUUCCCGACACCCCUUUUGCUGUUGAUGCUUUCCAAUACUGGAACAUUCCGGGUGUCAAGAUAUAUUUUCUCAGCCAUUUUCAUUCUGAUCACUACAUCGGCCUGAAAAAAAGUUUUGCUCAGCCCAUCUACUGCACCCAGAUUACAGCAAACCUAGUUCGAACGAAGCUUCGAGUAGAGGAAAAAUGGCUGAAAGUAAUUGACCUCAAUCAGCCUCAAAUCAUCAGUGGAGUUGAAGUCACUGCUCUCGACGCCAACCAUUGUCCGGGAUCUGCUAUGUUCCUGUUCUCUCUCACCAACGGUAGAAACUACUUACACGUCGGAGACUUUCGAGCUUCUAAAGCCAUGACGUUCUACCCUUCGUUGCGAAGUGUCUCCAUCUCUAAGUUGUUUUUGGACACCACCUACUGCAGUCCACAGUAUUGCUUCCCUACCCAAGAGAAUGUUAUAGCCAGAGUGGUAGAGAUUGUGAGGAAACAUGUCAGAGAUCACCCCAGAACAUUGGUUGUAUGUGGGUCUUACACAAUAGGUAAAGAGAAGGUGUUCCUCGGAGUAGCGGAAGCGUUUGAUUGGCGAGUCUGGGCGAGACCGGACAAACAGAGGGUGUUCACUUGCCUCAACGAUCCCCGCAUCAACUCCCGACUGGUCAGGGAUUGUCGUUCCGCCAACGUCCACGUGCUUCCCAUGAAGGACUUGCAGAUGAGGAGUCUUCAACAACACUUGGGCACUCUGACUGGAGCCUUCACCCAUGUCAUUGGAGUCAAACCUACAGGCUGGGAGCUCAACUCCAAGUCUGACGAGUUUAAGGUUACGUCCAAUCACAACAUCACCAUAUACGGAGUGCCUUACAGCGAACACUCGAGUUUCACAGAGCUACGAGACUUUGUACAGUUCCUCCAACCACAUGAAGUCGUCCCAACAGUAAACGUAGGGAGCUCGUCGUCUCGUAGCAAGAUGGAAAAGCACUUCUCUGAUUGGCUGAAACCUCAGCCUCAAACCGACGGGAAAUCUGACAAGCAAACCAAAGUAUCUCAAUAUUUCAAAACGAAAUAGUCAUACACACCAUAGCUUAACUACCGUGAGAAAAAACAAUAAAACGUUAUGUGUGUGUGUAAUCAUUAUGAUGUCUUACGACUUUACACUAACUCCAUUCCAAAUGUAUUCUAGUUUUCCAUAGUUAUGUAUGAUAUUUGUUUAUUAAAUUGAUAUAUAUAUUUAUUUAAUAAAUUUAGAUUGUUAAGUUUUGUGAUUUUGUCAAAUUAUAUAGUACUUUUCUGUGUUUUUAAGUGGUUACAUGAUAAUCAGGCUUCAUGGAAGCGGAUAUUUUUGUUCAUGGUGCAUAAUAAUCUAAGGGCAGUGCAUCUGUUUUACUUUCUUCACUUAUGUUAGUUUAUGAGGGACUUUUUCUGUGUCAAAACUGUAAAUUCUGAGUUAUUGGUGAGAAUAUUCAAUUUGGUUCUUCCUGAGUCUAUAUAACUCUUUUGAGGUGAUAUAUGUGUUUGUGUUUUUGUGUCCUUGUGUGUGAAUGGAAGUAAAGGCUUUUAUAUUUCACUUAUCUAAUCACAAUUAAAUGUUUACUAUUUUUUUAAAUUUUAAAUAAACAUUCAAAUGUUAUCAACCCUCCAAAAUAAAUAUUCCACAAUGAGCUGAAUCAAAAUAUUGUGUUAAAAUUUACAACCAUAACAUUUAAAUUUUAUAAUUUUUUGUGAGAUUGUGUUUUCCUCCAUUAAUACUAUAUUAAAUCUGUUCACAAAGUUUAGGGAGGUUAGGGAAAGAAAUCUAUCCCCUCCACGUGAUCCUACCUUAAAACAAUAUUUCAUCAGCUAAGUUUUCCAAAACUUCAAUCAUCUGCAAUAUAGAACAUUAAGCACAAAAAAGUGGCGGGGGGAACUUCCCCUCAAAUAACUUGAAUUUUGUGAGCGGGCUUAACAUGAAUGAUAGCUUAGGGAAAAAACUCAUAUCAGAAUUUCAGAUAUCCUAUGUUCGAUAUACAAAAAUAAAAUACUAGAUACAAUUAUAAUUUUGUUACAUCUAUAACUGUUUACUUUGAAAUAUUUAACUGCUUUUGUUUUGUAGUUAUUUAAACGCGCAGUUUGCUAAAUUUUCUUAUUUUAUUGAUUUUCACCAUUUUAUAAGUUUACAUUUCAUAGUUUUAUAUGUUGUAUUAAUGUUACCUGUGUUAAGUUAUUAUUGUGUAAAUAUUGUAUACAUCUAGAGAUUAAUGUCAAAAAUUAAAUUAUCCUCAUAAAUUGUGUGUUAAAUUAAGAUAGCUGAAUAUAAAUAGUUCAUAACUUUUUAAAAUAUUAUUGUUGUAAAUAAAGUUGAUAUUCAAUGUCACAUAAUGAAUGUUUUUGUUAUGAAGUAGCAUAGACAUGUGUAAUCAUUAUUUUCCAUCCAUACUCUUAACACAAAAUAUUUUACAGUUCCUAUAAGUUUUAUAACAAUUAUUGUCAAUUAAUUUUAAUAUUCUUUGAUUUUUUUAAAUCUUGUUGUUUACCUAUCAGAUACCCUGUUUAAGUAUUUAGUUUUG